GGGAAGAAUUGCGGCGGGGGAGUAACAACGCCCAUUAUAUCCCCUUCGCGAGUUGGCCCAACCCAUACCCCUACGCUUAUCUUCUUCCGCCCGCCCUUUGAUCCAUUUGCGCCAUGGAAGUCGAAGCUCAAGCUCAGCAAGACCCAUCAAGGUCCUACUGGAGAUUCAGCAAGCACGAUUUCUUCCCCGAAGACUCCUUCAAGGACCUUUCUUCCUACCGAGCCGCACUCUCCCAGACCGCCCGCCGCCUCCGAGACCGCCUCUCUGCCCGCUCCACCGACGCCACCGAGCUCCUCCACCUCCCGAAGCAGAGCGAGAACCGCAUGAAACGCUGCCUCUCCUGGUGGGACUUGAUCUGGCUCAGCUUCGGCUCCGUCGUCGGCUCCGGCAUCUUCGGCAUCACCGGCCAGGAAGCCCACAACCACGCCGGCCCCUCCAUCCUCCUCUCCUACGUCGUCUCUGGCCUCUCCGCCUUGCUCUCAGUCCUCUGCUACACCGACUUCGCCGUCCAGAUCCCCGUCGCCGGCGGCUCCUUCUCCUUCCUCCGCAUAGAGCUCGGCGACUUCGUUGCCUUCCUCGCUGCUGGCAACAUCCUCCUGGAGGCCAUCGUCGGCGCCGCCGGUCUGGGCCGCGCGUGGUCGUCUUACUUCGGCAGUUUGAUCAAAUCCGACAGCGAUUUCUUACGCAUUCGAGUCGACAAAUUCGAUCAAGGGUUUGAUCUCUUGGACCCCAUUGCUGUUGCAAUUCUGUUAAUUGCUAACGUAAUUUCGAUGACUGGAACAAAGCACACAUCCAUUUUGAAUUGGAUCAGCUCAAUAUUCAGUUCAAUAGUCAUAGUGUUCAUCAUAAUUGUAGGGUUUAUGCAUUCCCAGAGCUCAAAUUUGACCCCCUUUUUCCCAUAUGGGGUUAAGGGGACUUUCCAAUCUGCAGCAGUUGUGUACUGGUCUUACACUGGUUUCGACUUGGUCGCAACCAUGGCCGAGGAAACCAAGAACCCAUCAAGAGAUAUACCUGUGGGCUUGGUUGGUUCAAUGUCCUUGAUCACCUUGUUGUAUUGCUUGAUGUCGUUUUCACUGACCGCUAUGGUCAAGUACACUGAGAUUGAUGUAAACGCGGCCUUUUCGGUGGCGUUUGAUGGCAUUGGGAUGAAAUGGGCUAAGUACUUGGUGGAUAUUUGUGCCCUCAAGGGAAUGACCACGAGUCUACUUGUUGGGUCUUUGGGGCAAGCUCGAUACACCACGCAGAUUGCCAGGGCGCAUAUGAUUCCACCCUGGUUUGCUCUGGUUCAUCCGAAAACUCGGACUCCAGUCAAUGCUACAUUGUUUGUAACCGUCAUCAGCUGCAUCCUAGCAUUUUUUACGAGCUUGGAUGUGUUGUCUAGCGUGUUUUCGAUGAGCACGCUCUUCAUUUUCAUGCUUAUGGCUGUUGCAUUGCUUGUGAGGCGAUAUUACGUGAAGGAUGUUACUCCAAAGAGGGAUUUGGUUAAAUUCUUGGUGUGCUUGCUUGUGGUGAUUGGUUCAUCAACUGGGGUAGCAGCACUCUGGAAUUCGAAUCAGAGAGGAUGGAUUGGGUACUCAGUCGCUGGUCUAGUAUGGUUUUUGGGUACAUUGGGGAUGACGUUGCUUCCCAAGCAGAGAAUUCCAAAGGUCUGGGGUGUUCCUCUUGUUCCAUGGUUGCCAUCUGUGUCGAUUGGGAUGAAUCUGUUUUUGAUUGGAUCACUGGGUUCGGCAGCAUUCUUUAGGUUCAUCAUUUGCAGUGCUGUGAUGAUAGUUUACUAUCUGUUUGUCGGCCUCCAUGCAACUUUUGACAUGGCUCAUCAAAUUCAACAAGAAUUGAAACUUGAAGAUGGAAAAAGAAAUGCACACCAAGCAACAAGCAACGAUAAUCCAGGGAGCUGAAAGUUUGGACAAAGCAGAGCCCCCUUGGGCUCAUUGAGACAUGUGAACUCCCAUUAGCAAGGCAAAUUUUGGGUUUGAAAUAUGUCUGGCUUGCUGAUUUGGAGUUCAGAAUUAGAAGCAGGCACAGAGGGCUUACCACAAGGAUGGAUGGGACUAUAUCUGUAAGUAAAGUUUGAUGAAAUCUAUCAUUGUAAGAAGAGGAAACUUCUUGUUUUUAAUUCAUCCAAGGCCCUACCAUUGAGACAUUGGACACGUAGAUGGAGAGCAAGUAAAUAUUUUGGGAUAUAUUGUGGAGGGGGCAUGGAAGUGAAUUUAGAAAUUAAUAUAUCUUUUUUAUUAUUAUAUAUGUUUCCAUUUUAACUAUCUAGAGUCCUAAGUAGGGAUUGCGCAAGAGUUUCUAAGUAGGAUGGUAUAAACAGCCUAUAUAUAAUCUCCUUUGGAUUUGUUCUUUGAUAGAACACGGUUAAUAUUUAUAUGAUUUGAAUAUUGAUAAA